GGGUUUCGCUGGGUGUGAGAAACAGAGAGUGGGUUUUGCUGGGUUUAAUAGAAAAAAGGUAUUAUUGGAAAGUUGCUGAGACCUCUUCCUGUGCGGCGUCCUAUAAGUAAUUCUCAAAUCUCAGUAAUCCUUCGUCUUCUUGUUUUUCUCUCCUAUCUCUCAAUUCCCAUCUCCCAAUUCAGAUGAAAAAUGGAGCCAAUCAAAUCAAGCAAUAUCCCCGUUACCAAUUUUUAUAAAUAGUCUAGAAAUUUCUCUAUCGUCUUUCUGAUUGUGUGUCAAUCUCCGUCUCUCAACCUCUCAAUCUCGUUUUUGCUGGUUCACAAAUCACUGACGCUGUUCAAUUCUCGUUGUCAAUUUAGAUUUUGGAAUUUUGGCGAUAACCCAACUGGUUUUCACUUGCCAUUGCACAUGGAGACUUCAGAAGCACAGUAUGCUGAAUUUGAGGAGAAGAUCAAAAGAACUGUUUACCUUGACAACCUCUCACCACAGGUCAAUGAAUCGAUUGUGACACAAGCUCUGGAUCAGUUUGGGAAUGUGAAAAGUGUUCGGUUUAUUCCAAAUUACCUGGAAUCAAAGAACAUCCCCCAGUGUGCAUUGAUUGAGAUGGAGAACCAAACACAGGUCAAUGCGGUUAUCUCAGAUAUAACGCAGAAGCCUUUCAUGAUUGGGGGGAUGCCAAGGCCUGUGAGGGCACGUAAGGCUAAAAUGGAGAUGUUUGAUGAUCGUCCUGUAAAGCCUGGUAGAACGAUACAGUGCCGUUGGGUGGAGCCAAAUGAUCCUGAUUUUGAGGUGGCAAAGAAACUGAAGGAGCUUGCUAAAAUUCAUGCUGUGGAAGCUGAAUAUGUACUCAAGAAACAACUGGAGGAUGAAGAGAAACUUGAAAAGCAGCACGAAGAAUCCCUCAAAGCAGCACAUAAGAAGUAUAAAAUGGUAGAUAGUGUCAUAGCUGAUGGAACUAUAAGGCAAUUGUCUCGAGGUUACCAUCUUAAUGUUGGAGAUGACUGAGUUCGAGUGUAAUGAUGUAGUUUCUGAAUUUUGUCUCCUGUUAGGUCUGGUACCUUGGUUUUGGGUUCUGCAGAUGAAUCAAUUCAGAGACUCGGAUAUUGAACUGUAAACCACAUAUAGACAUAAACACAUUGCAUCAUGUUUCAGCAAAAACAAGAACAUAUAAACAUAUAUAAGAAUUAGA